AUGGAAGCGUCUCACUUCAGUUCUAACCCGUACUUCUGGCCUUCUAUCCCCACAGUCUCAGGGCAGAUUGAAAACACAAUGUUCACCAACAAGAUGAAGGAUCAGCUAUUGCCAGAAAAGGGCUGUGGACUGGCGCCACCUCACUCAGGGCUUUCUGAAAUGGAUGACCCUUAUGUCCUUGCCCCUGAUGACGACGACGAUGACUAUCAGAAAGACGGCAAGACCUGCUGGUGCCGGAUGCGCUCACUGACCUUCUAGUCAAAGCCGGAGAUGCAGAACUACUCCAAGUCACACACGGAGACCAAGCCCCAAAAGUCCCCACGCUGCUCCAAGACCUUCACCAGUAGCUCCUACCUGGCCCAGCAUAUCCGUGUCCACUCCAGGUCCAAGCCCUAUAGGUGUAACUCCUGUGAGAACUCCUUCCGCCGCUUCUCCCAUCUGCAGCAGCACAUCCAAAUCCACACCGGUGGUAGGCCAUACAAAUGUGCCUGCCCGAACUGUGAGAAGGCGUUUACACAACCCUCCAGUCCGCAGUCUCACAGACGGCAGCACAACAAAGAGAAACCCUCCAGGUGCUGCAAUUGUCACAGAACAUACCCAGAUGCAGCCUCAUUAGAGGGCCCCUUAUCUACACAGACGGUGAAGCACGCCAAGGUGUAUACUUGCACAAUCUGUAGUGGGGCUUACACAUCGGAAACGUACCUUAUGAAGCAUACGUACAAACAUAAGCCUCCUGAUCUUCAGCAACACGGGAAAGCAGAGGCGGCAGCAGCAGCAGUGGCCCAGGCCCAGGCUCAGGCUCAGGAUCUGCUCUGGCCUCACAUCUUGUCCAAUGUAGGUGCUCACCUGUCUCUCUUCUCGUCCUCAAAGUUGGGGCUGAUAGAAGGCUAUCGGCUGGUCCUCCCAGAUAACAGAGAGGGAAGUUCUAAAUGCAACCAACCUUCCAUUCUACGCUUACCUGUAAAAGAACAGUCUCUGCAUGUGGCCUGA